AUGCGCCUUGAUUCCGAGACGACAAAACGGUCCCAGUCCCCCUCACAGACCUAUUCCAACGGCUCGACUCGCUCGCCUGGUUCGCGGGUGAGUCUGGGCAAGAUUGCGAACGGAAACUCCCACGUCAAGUCCGAGAGCAACGGCUCGGCGGCCUCAUAUACCAAUGGAAACGCACUCUCGAACGGCCGGCCGCCGCAGCUAGCGCCGUCGUUUUACGGCCAUGAUCGAGGGGAACUGACGCGGAUAUUGAUACAGAGCUUGACGGAUCUGGGAUAUCAUGGCGCCGCGGGCGCGUUGAGCCAGGAGAGUGGCUUCGAGGUUGAAGGGCCGACCGUUGCGGCGUUUCGGAGUGCAGUCCUACAAGGCGACUGGGCUGAAGCGGAGGCGUUAUUAUUUGGCACGCAUUCUUACGACAGCGGGGGUGGCGUGGGUCUAAGAAGUGGAGGGGCAGCUUUUGGGAACAAAUCACACGGAAAGGCGCCCCGAACAUCUUCGUGGUCGCCGUCACGGCAAACUGGCGGUUUAACGCUUGCGGAGGGUGCGAACGAGAACGAGAUGAAAUUCUGGAUGAGGCAGCAGAAAUAUCUCGAACUUCUCGAAACGCGGGAUCUAGGGAGCGCUCUAAUGGUUUUGAGGCAGGAAUUAACACCUCUACAUCAAGACGAGGGGAGGCUCCACGCCCUAUCAAGUCUCAUGAUGUGCCAAUCCGCCGAUGACCUCAAAUAUCAAGCCCAAUGGGAUGGUGCAGGAGGAGAGUCCAGAUCAAUACUUCUUUCAGAGCUUUCAAAGUCAAUAUCACCGAGCGUAAUGAUACCCGAACAUCGGCUAGCAAUCCUUCUAGAUCAGUUAAAAGACAGCUGGAUCUCGAAUUGUCUUUACCACAACACCGCUACUCCUCCUUCGUUGUAUGUCGAUCACACCUGCGAGCGCGAUGAUCUUCCCUUGAAGACAGUUCUAGAACUGCGGCAUCAUACCGACGAGGUGUGGUUCUUACGGUUCUCCCAUGAUGGGACUAAGCUAGCCACGACAAGCAAAGACGCUACCGUCAUCAUUUAUGAAACAACAACAUACAAAAUCCUUCAUAGGCUCACCGCCCAUGAGAGUGGCGUGUGCUAUGUUGCUUGGAGUCCGGAUGACAGCAAACUUAUCACGUGCGCACAAGCUCAGGAUAAUACUGCGCGGAUAUGGGACACUAAGAGUGGCAGGUUACUCACCACCAUCACCGAAUUCUCGUAUCCAGUCACGUCCGCAGCAUGGGCUCCUAACGGCGAGUCCUUUGUGGUCGGCUCCCAAGACACCGCUCACGGUCUCUGUCUCUGGAACGUGCAGGGCGACAAGCUCUACGAAUGGACCGAAGGCAGCCUCCGCGUCCACGACCUCGCCGUUUCCCCAGACGGCCAGCGCCUCGUCGUUCUCCUUGAGCACCGCAUCUUGGUAUAUGACUUCGUCACCCGUGAAAAGUUGUGUGAAUGGGCUCUCGACGACGUCAAAUUGACCUCAGUGAACAUCAGCCAGGACUCCCGCCACAUGCUCAUUAGCAUGAACGACAACAAGAUCCGACUUAUGGAUAUCGAUACCGGCGACGUGAGGCAGACGUUCACGGGGCAGACGCAGACGAUUUAUAUUAUCCGGAGUUCAUUUGGCGGCGCGAAUGAGAAUUUUGUGGUGUCGGGGAGUGAAGAUUCGCGAGUCUACAUCUGGCGAACAAACGGCCACCUCGUCGAGAAGCUAGACGCGCACCCAGGCGGCUGCGUCAAUGCGGUUGCGUGGCAUCCCACAGAUCCCAGGGUCUUUGCAUCAGCGGGCGAUGAUAAGAAAGUGAGAAUUUGGAAACCGUCCCCCUCCCAGCUACCAUCGAGUUCGAACGGGUAUGGACGGUAA